UCAUAACUGGGUGGAGAGGCAGGGUCAGGAUAAAAGGCCCAGCUGGAGGCUGCAGCGGGGUGCAAGGCAGUCAGACCAGGACCAUGGAACUCAGCGUCCUCCUCUUCCUUGCACUCCUCACAGGACUCUUGCUACUCCUGGUUCAGCGCCACCCUAACACCCAUGGCCGCCUCCCACCAGGGCCCCGCCCUCUGCCCCUUUUGGGAAACCUUCUGCAGAUGGAUAGAAGAGGCCUACUCAAAUCCUUUCUGAGGUUCCGAGAGAAAUAUGGGGACGUCUUCACGGUACACCUGGGACCGAGGCCCGUGGUCAUGCUGUGUGGAGUAGAGGCCAUACGGGAGGCCCUGGUGGACAAGGCUGAGGCCUUCUCUGGCCGGGGAAAAAUCGCCAUGGUCGACCCAUUCUUCCGGGGAUACGGUGUGAUCUUUGCCAAUGGAAACCGCUGGAAGGCGCUUCGGCGAUUCUCUGUGACCACCAUGAGGGACUUCGGGAUGGGAAAGCGGAGUGUGGAGGAGCGGAUUCAGGAGGAGGCUCAGUGUCUGAUAGAGGAGCUUCGGAAAUCCAAGGGAGCCCUCAUGGACCCCACCUUCCUCUUCCAGUCCAUUACUGCCAACAUCAUCUGCUCCAUUGUCUUCGGAAAACGAUUCCACUACCAAGAUCAAGAGUUCCUGAAGAUGCUGAACUUGUUCUACCAGACUUUUUCACUCGUCAGCUCUGUAUUCGGCCAGCUGUUUGAGCUCUUCUCUGGCUUCUUGAAAUACUUUCCUGGGGCACACAGGCAAGUUUACAAAAACCUGCAGGAAAUCAAUGCUUACGUUGGCCACAGUGUGGAGAAGCACCGUGAAACUCUGGACCCCAGCGCCCCCAGGGACCUCAUCGACACCUACCUGCUCCACAUGGAAAAAGAGAAAUCCAACCCACACAGUGAAUUCAGCCACCAGAACCUCAACCUCAACACGCUCUCGCUCUUCUUUGCUGGCACUGAAACCACCAGCACCACUCUCCGCUACGGCUUCCUGCUCAUGCUCAAAUACCCUCAUGUCGCAGAGAGAGUCUACAGGGAGAUUGAACAGGUGAUUGGCCCACGUCGCCCUCCAGAGCUUCAUGACCGAGCCAAAAUGCCAUACACAGAGGCAGUCAUCCAUGAGAUUCAGAGAUUUUCCGACCUUCUCCCCAUGGGUGUGCCCCACAUUGUCACCCAACACACCAGCUUCCGAGGGUAUAUCAUCCCCAAGGACACGGAAGUAUUUCUCAUCCUGAGCACUGCUCUCCAUGACCCACACUACUUUGAAAAACCAGACGCCUUCAAUCCUGACCACUUUCUGGAUGCUAAUGGGGCACUGAAAAAGAAUGAAGCUUUUAUCCCCUUCUCCUUAGGGAAGCGGAUUUGUCUUGGUGAAGGCAUCGCCCGUGCUGAAUUGUUCCUCUUCUUCACCACCAUCCUCCAGAACUUCUCCGUGGCCAGCCCCGUGGCCCCAGAAGACAUCGACCUGACACCCCAGGAGUGUGGUGUGGGCAAAAUACCCCCAAUGUACCAGAUCCGCUUCCUGCCCCGCUGAAGGGGCUGAGGGAAGGGAGUCAAAGGAUUCCAGGGUCAUUCAGUGUCCCCGCCUCUGUAGACAACGGCUCUGACUCCCUGCAACUUCCUGCCUCUGAGAGACCUGCUGAAAGCCAGCUUCCUUCCCCUCCAUGGCACCAGUUGUCUGAGAUCACAUUGCGAGUGAGUGGAGGAGUGAGAUUAUUGAAAAUCAUAAUAUACAAAAUUUUGUAUAUGUGUGUGUGUGUAUAUAUAUAUAUAUAUAUACUUUUUUUUUUUUUUGAGAUGGAGUCUCACUCUGUCGUGCAGGCUGGAGUGCAGUGGCAUGAUCUUGGCUCACUGCAACCUCCACCCCCAGGGUUAAAGCAAUUCUCCUGCCUCAGCCUCCCUAGUAGCCGGGAUUACAGGUGUGCGCUACCACACCCAGCUAAUUUUUGUAUUUUUAGUAGAGACAGGGUUUCACCGUGUUGGCCAGGCUGGUCUCGAACUCCUGAACUCAAGUGAUCCGCCCUCCUCGGCCUCCCAAAAUGCUGGGAUUACAGGCGUGAGUCACCGUGCCUGACCAUAUAUAUAUAAUUUUAAAAAUUAAGAUGAAAUUCACAUAACAUAAAAUUAGACAUUUUAAAGUGUACAAUUUCGUGGCAUGUGGUUCAUUCACAAAGCUGUACAACCACCACCAUCUAGUUCCAAACAUUUUUUUUUUUUUUUUUGAGAUGGAGGCUCGCUGUGUCACCCAGGCUGGAGUUCAGUGGCGCCAUCUUGGCCCACUGCAACCUCCACAUCCUGGGUUCAAGAGAUUCUCCUGCCUCAGCCUCUGGAGGAGCUGGGAUCACAGGCCCCUGCCACCAUGCCAGGCUAAACUUUGUAUUUUUAGGUGGUCUCGAACUCCUGAUGUCAGGUGAUUCACCUGGUUCCAAAUAUUUUCAUUAUCUCCCCCCAAAAUACCCAUACCUCUCAAGCUGUCACUCCCCAUACCCCAUUCUCUUUUUCAUCUCAGCCCCUGAUAAUCUGUUUUUUGUCACUAUGGACUUACCAGUUCUGAAUAUUUCCUAUAAACAGAAUCACACAAUAUUUGACUUUUUUUUUUUUUGAAACUAAGCCUUGCUCUGUCUCCCAGGCUGGAGUGCUGUGGUGCGAUUUUCGUUCACUGCAAACUCCGCCUUCCAAGAUCAAGAGAUUCUCCUGCCUCAGCUCCCAAGUAGCUGGGAUUACAGGCAUGUGCUACCACGUCUGGCUAAUUUUCUUGUAUUUUUAGUAGGGACAUGUUGGCCAAGCUGGUCAUGAGCUCCUGGCCUCAGGUGAUCCACCCACCUCAGUGUCCCAAAGUGCUAUUACAGGCAUAAUAUGUGAUCUUUUGUGUCUGGUUGCUUUCAUGUUGGAUGCUAUUUUUGAGGUUCGUGCCUGUUGUAGACCACAGUCACACACUGCUGUAGUCUUCCCCCAUCCUCAUUCCCAGCUGCCUCUUCCUACUGCUUCCAUCUAUCAAAAAGCCCCCUUGGCCCAGGUUCCCUGACCUGUGGGAUUCUGCACUGGUGCUUUGGAUUCCCUGAUAUGUUCCUUCAAAUCCACUGAGAAUUAAAUAAACAUCUCUAAAGCCUGACUUCCCCACG